AUGAAGAAUGCGCAACAUGCAGAUGUCGAGACCAACAUUAAGGUCGUCAUUCGAUGCCGGCGGCGCUCCGAGCGCGAAAUCCAAGACAACUCCCCGAUAAUCACCAGCAUAAACGGGCCCAAGGGCGAAGACGUCACGAUCGAAACUUCCGCACCCACCAACAACUUUGGCGUUGUUGCGCUACCCACAACAAGAACCUACCCGUUCGACAUGGUCUUCGGUCCAGAGGCGGACCAAACAUCCGUUUACCAAAAUGUCGUCCACCCAAUGCUGGAGGAGGUCCUGAUGGGUUACAACUGUACGCUGUUUGCAUAUGGUCAGACUGGAACGGGUAAAACCCAUACCAUGCAAGGUGAACUCGGCACCACGCCGAUGGGCAACCCUUGCUCCCAGGCAGGGAUGAUCCCUCGCGUGUUGUUCAAGCUCUUCCAGCAUCUCGAAGCUACUUCCACAGACUACAGCGUCAAGAUAUCAUAUCUCGAGCUGUACAACGAAGAGCUGCGCGACUUGCUCGCCCCUGACCUCCCCGCUCCGACCGGGUCCAGCCAGCCCAUGGGCAUGGGCGUAUACAAAGACGCGCCGGUACAGGCCAGCCUCAAACUGUUUGACGACGCGGGCAAGAAGGGCAUCAUUAUUCAAGGACUAGAGGAGACACCGGUCAAAAACUCAGCUGAUGCCCUCGCGCUGCUCACGAAAGGUAGUCACCGGAGGCAAAUCGCGGCUACGAAGUUCAACGACCACUCAAGUCGCUCUCACUCUGUCUUCUCCAUCACUAUCCACACCACUGCAUCCUCCGCCACCGGAGAUGGCCUCUUACGGGUCGGUAAACUCAACCUGGUCGACCUUGCAGGAUCGGAAAACAUUGGCCGCUCGGGCGCUGAGAACAAGCGUGCGAGAGAGGCCGGUAUGAUCAACCAGAGCUUGCUGACUCUAGGGAGGGUGAUCAACGCUCUCGUUGACGGUUCUUCCCAUGUCCCCUAUCGUGAGUCGAAACUUACGCGUCUUCUGCAAGACUCGCUCGGCGGGCGCACGAAGACGUGUAUCAUCGCCACUAUCUCGCCCGCGCGAUCGAACCUGGAAGAGACGCUCUCGACCCUCGACUACGCCAUCCGCGCGAAGUCGAUCCGCAACCGCCCGGAGGUGAACCAGCAGAUGACGCGCAAUGCGCUCAUCAAGGACUAUGUCGCGGAGAUCACUCGUCUGCACGCCGACCUGCGUGCGGUCCGCGAGAAGAGCGGUAUCAUCUUGUCAGAGGAGUCCUGGGCGAAGAUGUCUGCGGAGCAGGAGCUACGCGAGACCGAGCUGCAGGAGGCGACGAAGCAGGUCGAGAUCCUCCAGAACCAGAUGAAGGCCGUACGUGAAGAGUUCGAGGAGGCGAUGGCGCUAUUAGCUCGCACCGACGAAGAACUCCGCCACACGAAGACCCAGCUUGAGGGCACGACUGUUGAGCUGGCGGGCACGAAGCAACAGCUCAUCGCUGUUGAGGGCGCGCUCGAGGAGGAGAUCAUGGUCCGACAGGCGCACCAGAAGAGCGAGGAAGCUCUCCAUGGCGUCGUCCAGGAGUGGAAGUCGGUCGCGAAAGACUACGACAGUGAAGUGAAUGCGCUGCAUGGCAAGCUCGAUCGGAAAUCGUCUGCGUUCGGGUCGAACAUGAAGGCUGUCACCACGCACAGCAAGACCCUGUCCUCUGAGGCACAGACCAUGUCCGCGAAGAUGGAUGGCUUCAUGAAGUUGGCAACGCAGCAUCUCAGCAAGGUCACGACCGAGACUGAGCAGUUCCAGACCAAGGAGCUGGAGGCGUUGUCCGCUAUCUCCAAUCGUCUCAAGGAGCAGCUCGAGAAGGUGCAGCAGGCUCUCGAGCUCAUCCAUUCCAAGGAAGACGCGUCGGCGGAGACCAUCGAGACGAUCCGAACCACCAUCAGUGAGGCGCAGGAAAGCAUGAAAUCAGGUUUCGCGACAUAUGCGGACGAGCUCCACCAGCACUGUGAAGCGAUAUGCGAGGAAGCUCAAGCUUCCAGCCUCGCCAGCUGUGCUACCGUUGAGAAAGCGUUCCAGGAGCUGGGUGCUCUUACCGAAGCAAUCAAGCAGGAAGCUCUAGACUUCGUCGCUACCGAGCGUAAAACGCUUCAGGAAGCCAAGGCACUUGCCGACAACACCACUAACACGGAGAUCCUUCGACUGCGGCAACAGAACUCCCUGCUGACGCGUCUACUGGAAACGGAACGCGUCGAAGCGAAGCGGUCUGCGGACGCGUUGCUCGAGCGCAUCGCGGGACUCCUUGGCGACUACACUAACGAGCGCGACCGCAGCCUCCGUGGAACGUUCUCGGAGAUGACCGAGAGCAACACCGUCGCGGAACGCGAAAUGGAGCAGCUCGGCCAGAAGCAGGGUCAGCAGUUGGAGGCCGCUGUCGUCCGCGGAAGCGCAUGGAGCGAACAGCUUGCGAAGAGGGGCGCGAAUGGCAAGCGGUUGCGUGACGGCGGCAUGAAGGCUCUGGAUUCUGCGACGGUUUCGAUACGUGACGGGAUGACGGACGUGCGGGAGGCCAUCUCGUCGUCGACUGCCGGGUUUAGCCAAGAUCUACAGCGAACCAUUCAGGACUCAGAUACUACACUCAGUCAGGCAUUCGACCGGGAGCAUCGUGUCAAGCGUGCACGGAUCGAAGCCACCGACGGUCUUGCAGCUGAAGCACAAUCGGGCUACCGCUAUAUGCAGCGCGGGAUCGGCUCCACGUCGCGCACGAUCGAAUCGGCCACGAGCCGUGUGCUCAUCGAAACGUCUGGCAUGUCCGCGGCGGUCGAGAACCUAAACGCGGCCGCCACCAGCUCGCUCGGAACCAUCCGCAACACAACCCAGGGUCUCGCUGCCGAGGCGACGAGGGAGGACAAGCCCACCGGCUUGACGCCGCGGAAGCGCGGCCGACGAGUCGUGGAAGACUUGCCACGCACGGAGCCGAGAGAGGUUCUCGUCCGGCGGUGGCGGCAGCGUGGAAUGUCCGCGGUGGGGAGCGAGACGUUCUUGGCCGAGCACCUACCUUUGCCUGAGGAUGGCGACUCUCCGUCCGGGUCCCCGGAGUUCAUGGCGGUCCACUCGCCCAUCGAAGCUCUUGCGGAAGAUCUGGAGAACGAACCUACCCCGCUCAAUUCACCCCCUGCCCUCGUCAAGUCGCUGGCUUCGUCCGCAUCCUCAUCUUCCUCCGUUCCACCGGAGCUGCCCCCCGUAGUGGCCGUAAAGGUGCCGACCAAAGUUGUUGCUAACGCCACUGGCACUCUUACGGAUCGGUCGACCAACAUCGCUCGGAGACCUCAGCGCACUCGGCGGACCGUUCCAAGAUGAUUAUACCCUCGCACGUCUCCGAGUCCGAGCCCCGGUUGCAGGCUCCAGUUCGUUCAGUUCGAUGUUGUUACUUUAUUCGUCGUUACGCUGUGGACUCAUUUGCUAUCCAUUUCUCUGUCUAUCGCAUUGUACACCUUGGAUGUGGAAUGCACACAACCAUCUAGUUCUGUAUAGCUAAUGCGGAGACCGG